GCACCUUGCAAGAUGUGGAGGAAGACUCCUAAGAGGCACUGUGACGCAACUGAUAAGGAUGAUAAGUGGAGAUUGGAGAGGAAACUUAGGAAGAAACUCUCUGGAAGUACUACUAUGGUAUUUCACAAGCUAACUGUAAGUGCAACCAAUCAUUUCCCUGACGGACCUGGUUUACCACGCCGUGGAUUUGCUGGUGGAUUAAUAUGCAACAACAAAGACAAAUGGGUUAUAGGAAUGUCCAUACGCCUGGUUAACAACACCAACACUCGUGACUAUUCAGUUUCAUUCUACUCUGCCCUCCUAGACGUACUACAACUCGCUUGGUCGAGAGGAUUCCGAUGCUUAGAUAUUAAACUAGGUUUCGUAUUCCAUGAUGAUUUUUGGACAGACUUCAGUAAAGAUGUCGUAUCUAAGAAACUUCGUCUGUGUGUUUAUCCAUGCUCUAAUCGGGCUUCUCGUAGGACAAUGAUUAUCCUGAAACUUGUAGAGGAUUACUUAAACAGAGAUUGGUUUAUCAAUGUGAAGAAUACUGAGUCAAUUGAGGAGGAGGCUGGUGCUUUAACUGUGUCAGCAUUGGGCGAGUGUCAAGAGCUGCCUAAAAGAGUUUAUGACUAUAGAACAGACCCUUUACCCCCAGAUACUAUAACAAGAGAUGUGGUGCGUGUAGGUCGUGAGAUUGCACGUUCUACUUUCGAUCAAUUUCCUCAAGGUAGGAAGUAUUUUGGAUUGGAUUAACUUUCUUGGUGAUUGUAGCAACUUGUAAGCCAGCUUAACUGUUUGGUCUUUUGUUGUUUUUACUUUCCUGCUCUUUUUUCCUUUGUUGGUGGUUGUAAGAAGAUUACUUUGAACCUUGGGUGUACUUUGCUGCUUUUUCCUUUAUGGAUUAGGAGUACUAAUUUUGCAGUUUAUCCAUCACUUUAAGUUUGAUUUA